AUGAACAGCCGUGACGCAGCAUACGACGAAGAGGAGCAAAUCCGUCGUGCAAUCGAGGAGAGCAAGGAAGACACUACCAGUCCAGCUGCGGAAGAUGCGGCCGUUCGAAGGCCCAAAAGGAGUCGCAGCGACAGCGAAGCUCAGAAGCAGGCCCCCAAACGACAGCGUACAAGCUCUCCUUCCCCCGGCGCCGCCUCGAAACAGAGCGUUCCCCCUUCCCAGCCCGCCUCGGACGACGAGAAAACAAAGGCAGCCACAAAUGGGGUCCGAAGACAGAGAGCCGCAUCUCGCAGUCAGCGUGACAAGGAGACAAAAGAGACCGAGGAGCCUGAGGCGGAAAAUCCGGAGACGGCAACUCGACGGAAAGGGAAGACCGACAAGAGGAAAAGCGAUGGGACCGAAUCCGACCAUGAACCCGGAUCACCAACCAAACCCGUGGCCAACGAUCCUGUGCCUCCGCAGCCCAGUCCAGAUCCUCCUGCCCCCGUUCAAGAACCUGCGCCCCCUCGCCCUUCCACCCGCAAGUCUGGUCGACCCCCGGCUCGCCGAACUCGAGUGGGACGCAAUCAAUAUACCAGAGACCGCGACGCCCACACUAAUGGGGGCGAUUCGAGCAUUAUGACAAACUCACCGCGGCGAGGCCAGUCGCAUGAUACUGGGGGAGAUUCGCCGAGAGUGGGCGGCGCCAAUGGGGCGCAUAUAAACGGUGGAGAAACAGGGAAACCCAGUCGGCCUCGCUACGUCAACCAGCGGACGACUUUGAAUGAGAUGAAGAGACGGGUCGCAGCAAUACUGGAAUUUAUAUCACGGAUGCAGGUGGAGAUGGCUGUCGCCGGAGAGAGUUCGACCACACCCCCGGGUAACAGUGAACGACCCAAUGGCAUUAUACUCAAGGCCGUGGGCGACCAACUCGAGAACGUAUUGCUAUCGACGGCAAGCGAGGGCGAGUCCGGCACCGGCACCGCUGACAGUGACGCCGGGGCCGGGCAAUCUUUGGAGAAAGAUUUCAAAGAUCUCACUAGUGUUGAGAUGAUGGAUGUUCUUACACGGCAUUUGUUAAAGUGGCAGCAGGAGUAUGGUAAAUUUGGAGAACGGUGA